AUGGCUUCUGCUUUGAAGAGCGUUCUGUCAAGCCACCUGAAGCCUGGCGAUGGUGAAGCUGCUGAGUUUGUCCGAAAGCACCAUGGCAAGACUCAAUCCCACAUGGACGAACAGGCAUUCGAGAACACAUCCACAUCUGUAGCUGCGAGCCAAAUGCGUAAUGCUCUCAACAACCUCGCAGACACCGUCACAGAUCCCACCGAGAAGAAGCUCUUCGAGACUGAGAUGGACAACUUCUUUGCCCUCUUCAGAAGAUACCUCAACGACAAGGCGAAGGGAAACCAACUGGAUUGGGACCAUAUUGCACCCCCUGCGCAAAACCAAGUUGUUGACUAUAAUGAGCUGGCCAACUCCGAAUCCGUCGGUUUUUUGAGCAAGUUAGCAGUCCUCAAGCUCAACGGUGGUCUUGGUACCUCUAUGGGAUGCGUUGGUCCAAAGUCUGUCAUCGAAGUCCGUGACGGCAUGUCGUUCCUCGAUCUCUCCGUCCGACAGAUCGAAUACCUCAACCGUACAUACGAUGUCAACGUUCCAUUCGUCCUCAUGAACUCGUUCAACACCGACGAUGACACCCAGAACAUCAUCAAGAAAUACGAGGGCCACAACAUUGACAUCAUGACCUUCAACCAGUCCCGAUACCCCAGAAUCUUGAAGGAUUCUCUCCUCCCAGCACCAAAAUCAUACAACUCGCAAAUCUCCGACUGGUACCCACCUGGGCACGGAGAUGUGUUUGAGUCACUCUACAAUUCUGGCAUCCUUGACAAGCUGAUUGCCCGUGGCGUCGAGAUUCUCUUCCUUUCCAACGUUGACAACUUGGGUGCUGUUGUUGACCUCAGAAUCCUGCAGCACAUGGUCCAGACCGAUGCUGAGUAUAUUAUGGAACUGACCGACAAGACCAAGGCCGACGUGAAGGGUGGAACCAUCAUCGAUUACGAGGGAUCAGUUCGUCUUCUUGAAAUCGCGCAAGUUCCCAAGGAGCAUACCAACGAGUUCAAGUCGAUCAAGAAGUUCAAGUACUUCAACACCAAUAACAUCUGGCUGAACCUCAAGGCUGUUAAGCGGAUUGUCGAGAACAAUGCGCUGGAGAUGGAGAUCAUCCCUAACAGCAAGACCAUCCCAGCAGACAAGAAGGGCGAAUCCGACAUCUCGAUCGUCCAACUUGAAACCGCCGUCGGAGCUGCCAUCCGUCACUUCAAGAACGCGCACGGUGUCAACGUUCCUAGAAGACGUUUCUUGCCCGUCAAGACUUGCUCUGAUCUGAUGCUUGUCAAAUCUGACCUGUACUCGCUGAAGCACGGUCAACUCCAAAUCGACCCCAACCGUUUCGGCCCAGCUCCCCUGAUCAAGCUCGGCAACGAUUUCAAGAAGGUUUCCGACUUCCAGAAGCGCAUCGGCAGCAUCCCCAAGAUCAUCGAGCUUGACCACUUGACUAUCACCGGAGCUGUCAACCUCGGACGUGGCGUCACUCUCAAGGGUACCGUCAUCAUUGUCGCGACUGAGGGCAGCACCAUUGAUAUCCCUCCCGGAUCCAUCCUCGAGAACGUUGUUGUACAAGGCUCGCUGAGACUUUUGGAGCAUUAG